AUAAGGCCACUGGGGUAAGGGGAUAUAUUUUCAGGAGAACAGGGAAACCUGUUGCAACUUGCAAUUGUGGAGUCGCUCCCUCAAUUUGGACGAGAGAAGAGAGAAGAGUAAACCCACGCCCGCAGAGGGGAAGGUUAAGUUUCUAUCCGGAGAAGGCGUCAAUUUCGGCUCUAGGAUCUAAGCCAUGGCUGUAUCGACAGAGUUCUCACGUUUGGAAAUUUGCCAUUCACCUCCAAAGAUAUUGGUGGACACCACGGACUCGGAAGAAGAAGAAGAAGAAGAAGAAUCACCCCAUCUGGACAACACAAUGGAGGACGAAGUGGGAAUCGUUACUGACCUAACUGAUGACCCUCCAAUUGAGACUAGAAUGGAGUUAAAAGCAAACGUCCCAUAUGAGGAUACAUACGAUUCAGAUGGGGAGCCUGAUCUGAUUGUAACUGGUCCCUUUGCUGAAGAGAUGGACGCUUUUAGAGAAUACAGGGCUGAGUAUCUUGCCAUUGGGGGCUACGAUGUCACUAACUAUUUUAGACCGUCUCCAAGUUUCCCUUAUAUGUUAUGUGAUCUGCUGUAUCCUGUGAAACUUGCAUCUGGAGACUUGUACUAUGAUCAUUGCAUCCUAGCUGUCCAAAGAAUGAUUCUUUAUCUUAAUCAAAAGAGAGGGAGAAAUCUUGAAUUUGGGGAACUUGUUAAGGCAAACAGGGAAGCAACUUCUUGCUUUACAUUUUAUGCGACCUUUACUGCUACAGAAUAUGGAGAGAAACGAACAUAUCAAGCCCAGGUCCAUACCUGUAUAAAAGGUGCUGCAGUUAAGUUUUGGGAGUUCAAGGAAGCUGCAUCAAAGGAAUGAGAUGGUUUGAUUUGUUUUCUUGAUGGUUAUUUCCCCUAUUCUUGCAGAAUUGUGGAGUUGGGGAAGAUUGAGGCAUGCUGUUUUUAAGGUUGCAAACUACUCUAAGUUCAAAUGAUUGUGCGACGCAAAACUUAUUUAUGAUGACUUGGUUAUAUGCAGUUUUUGAGUAUAAGAAAUUAAUGUUACUCUGGAGACAUGUUUAAUUAUUCUGUCCUGCUAAGAGGUAGAACAAUCUUUAGACGACUUUUGUCCCUUUUUUUUCUCGCUUGUUUUGUCAAGGAAUUUUUUCUUCUAAUGUUGUGAUUCAAUAUGGGUCAAGGUUCUUUUACCUUCACAUAAAAUGAGGAUCUUUUU